ACUAAACAUUAUUGGGUGGAGUGAUAUCAGUCUAGUCUUAUGGCAUAAUGUCAAAAAUAGCCUACACGAAGCAUUUCAUUAGAGUCUUACUAAAUGGGAGAUCAAACACGACUGUAAGGCAGUAUUAUGCUGUAGCUUGGCUCGAUGGUGCCACCCCUCCUGCCGAGGGAACAACACACUCCCUGCACUUCCUCUUUGUCAGACUGGACAGAAGCAUCAAUUUGGUAGAGACUCGAGACGAAGACCGCAAAAUUACGUUAUUGAUAUUGUACUGUCUGCUUACUUAUAGGCGAUUUCGUGAAGAAAAGAGUUAACUUAGAAUAUCCAGAGGGUUUUUUGAAUAAUAAACCGAUAUUUCAAAAUCGAAACGUGGUUUCAAAGAACUAGGGGUAGUAGCCAGUGCAGCUAGUUGCACAGCAGAGUAGCAGCAGUAAAGCUCAUGCUAACGUUUUGUGCGCCGUGCUCCGUGUGCUGUGUGUGGGUACGGAUUGCUAACAGCUAUUUCUGAUUAGGGUAGGGAGGUGGGGACUUGUCAGCCUGAGAAGAGUUUUUAGAAAAGAAACCGGCAUGCUCCACCAAUGUGCUGUAGAAGGGUGUCCCAACAAAUCGGACACAAUUAUCCACUACAUUUUACCAGAGGAGCCGAUAAGACGGCAGCAAUGGGUAGACUUUUUGAGAAGACAAAGAAGUGCCGACAUUUCUCGGUGUACUCGUAUUUGCGGUAGCCAUUUUUCUGAAGACAGCUUUACCAAACUCGAUUUGGGAUUCACAAAACGGUUGAUCCUGAAUGUGAAUGCUGUUCCUAGCAUUUACACAGAUGGAGUGAAAGCGGUUCUGGAAAGAAGCCUUGCAAAUGAGACUCCCCUAUCAGAAAGCGCCAGUGAGUCAGAGAGUGGCAUCAUGGUAUGCAGUACAGUUUCCUUGGCCUGCAUCAAGAAGGAGCCAGGACAAGAUGAGCAGAGCUGCGAUGCCAUGUCAUCCAUCAAAGAGGAACCAAUGGAGGACGAUGGAUAUGGAGACUCAUCAUCCAACCAUCUGACUGAAGACGAAAUGCAGAGCUUUGAUGGUAACAUCUUGAAAGUCGAGGCGACUGGUAACAUAGACAUUGAUGACGGCAAACCCUUUUACUCACACUGUGGGGGAGGUUUUCAAAAUAAGGCUGUGCUCCAACAACACAAGAUGAGGCACAAAACCCUGGUGGCGCCAGCCGCAAAGCCAGCCUCAACCACACCGGCCGCAGAAAAGACCUACGAAUGCCAACACUGUGGCAAAGUAUUCAGCCAUAAAGGGUUUUUAAAAGCCCACGAAAAAAUACAUGCCAGCAUGCCAGAAAUGGCCUUCGCCUGCAAAGAAUGCAACAGAAGAUUUCUUAACAAUUCCAGCUUGAAAAACCACAUGCGCAAUCAUCUUAAACACCUGAAAUACCCAUGCCCAGUGUGUGGGGAAGAGUUUGAAAUGAAGGGUAGUCUUCAUGUUCACAUCAAGCAGCACCCAGGGGAAAAGUUGCGCUGCAAAUACUGCAAUUUGGGGUUCUGGAAAAUGGACUCCUACCUGAAGCACUUGGAUUGCCACACGGUGAUAACCCCCUACUAUUGUCCAAAAUGUAAGAUCUACCAGCGGACCAAAUGGGGAUUCCAGCUGCAUCAGACAAAGUGUCCCAUGAGAGACCCAGAGGUGACCAUGAUCGUGAAGGAGGAGGAGGAGGAGAUGGUAGCUAAGGAUGGUGAGCAGGAGGAGGUCAUUAAGGACGCUGAAACGGAGAAGAUUGUUUAAAUAGGGAGGCAAAACAUCCACUUGGUGUCUUGCACACCAGAGUAUCACAGGGAGAGCUGGUCACAGACUCCUGGAAUAUGAGGAUACAUAAAAGAUAAAACCAUGAUGGGAAACUGGCACACAAGUCUCUCUGGCAUUAUAAGUUGGGGAUAAAUCAUUUGUUGUGCAAAAUUGAUCUCACUGAGUGGGGAGAAAUACUUUGUAGUAGAAAAUUGAUUGAAGUAAAGCGUUGCACAAAAAAAGACAUGAAGUGUGCGGAUUGUCUCCUUUUCUACAGAAACUUCAGAUCCUGCACCUUCUAAACAGAUGAGCGGUGAUCAGUCACAACUUUCAAGUAGAAAAUUGAUCAAAUAAUGUUGAGUAUGGUGUUGCUUAGAUGCAUCAAGUGAUUGUGUCUAAACCUCUGUCCUCGUUUUUUGUUUGUUUUUAAAUAUCACUCUUAUAAUGAUUGUUUUACUUUAUUUUCUUAUUUAUUUUACUUUUAUGUUGUCAUCACACACAAACACAGCAGUAGUGUAGUUAAUUGCAGGGUGUACGUUUUUCAGUGAGUUCAUUCUUGAGUUGUUUGUGUAACAGAGGCCAACUAGCAGAGUGUGGCGUGGAACAUCUGUAAACCUCCCCCCGAAGCCUCACUACAGUGUGGUAGCAUUGGGCUAUCGGAUUGGCCCCUUAGCUCAGCGGUCUCGUACUGUGCCUCCCAUUGCCGACCCUGAUGCAUUGAUGAGGUGGCAGGUUUGUGGCCCUUUGAGGGCUCCUUUAAAGCAUUUUUAAAGUACCUUUAAAGCAUUUUCCAUUUUGUUAUGAGAAUCCAAGAAAGUAGUAAGAUGAUGAGAUGUAAUUACUUAUUAAUAACUUAGAUUGAAUUUGUAACUACAAUUAGCCUAUUGUGUAGCUUCUUGAAAAUGUUGACAUUGCAUUAUAAAUCAUGGACACAGACGAUAUGCAUAAAUUCUUAUUUAUUUUUUUGUAUUUUCUAAACUUUUGAUGAGUGAUGACUAUUUAAGAAAGAAGUCCCUUUACAAGUUUGUCCAACAGUGCAAGACACCAUCAACUAUGUCUCUUAUCUUUAGGGAUAAUAGAUUUGAAUUUGUAAAUGGGUAGUUUGAAUUGAUAUUUGAAGUUUCUCCUCUCUGUAUACAUGUAGGCUGAUGUAUCCACAAAUAAAUGUCUAAACCUUU